CACGUCUGUACUACGCGUAAAGAAAUAAAUAAGGCAGUGAUCAGGUGCAAUUAACCGUUUGGCAGGAAGUGCGUAGUGCAGCGAAAUUGAUCGAUCUUUUUAAGUAAAAGUCGCUAGUUGAAACUAUUUCGAAACGAUGAAAUCAUAAGACAGUUAGCCAGCCAAUUCAUUCUGUUUUUCAUUCUUAAAACGCAUCCACCACGGCAAACAUGGAUGAAAACUUGAGUCGGGGCUAUGUGCAGUUAGGAAAAGCGAAAGGAAUGAACGAAUUUAAAUUCUCCAAUGGAUUCACACAUUUGUCCCCACCGGUUGACAAAUACAAUUUCAUCUACAUCGCCCUUAUGCUAGGCGGUAUAGGAUUCCUCUUGCCGUACAACAGUUUUAUCAUAGCAGUGGACUAUUUUCAAGCGAGAUACCCCGGAACUACUGUAAUAUUCGAUAUGUCAACUGUUUAUAUUAUCAUGGCCUUUUUCGCGGUCUUUGGAAAUAACGUUUUGAUCGAAACGUUAUCUUUAAACACGCGGAUAACGUUCGGAUAUCUGGUAGCAUUUGUCACCUUAAAUUUUGUUAUCAUUUCUGAGAUCUGGUGGGAGCCUUUUAAUGUUGACACUUCUUAUACGAUUAAUUUAAUCGUCGUUGCGAUGGUCUCGCUCGGCUGUACCGUUCAACAAUCGAGCUUUUAUGGCUACACAUCCAUGCUUCCCAGUUUAUACACACAGGCAGUGAUGACUGGAGAAAGUAUUGCUGGACUUUGGGCCUCAUUCAAUCGAAUAUUAACCAAGUUUUUGCUCGAUGACGAACGUAGCAAUACAUCCAUGUUUUUCGUUUUAUCAAACUGUACAAUCUUAUUAUGUUUCGUAUUACAUCAAAAAGUUCGCAAGACUGAUUUUGUGCAAUUCUAUAUAACGUUAUGCCAGGAAAGAAAUAGAAUUACAUUAGAACCAACGGAAGAUGUUGGUUUGAUGGAUCCAUUGGAUCAGGCCGGAGAUCCAUCAAAAGGUCAGUAUGGGGUUCUAAAAAUUCAAACUAGUCCCUUAGGAAAUGAAUCCACAAAUGGGAACACUGAAUUAAAUGGAACAAAUCAAUAUUCACCAUUCUCAUUCAGUAAUCCCGUAUACGAACCUGGUGCACCGUCAGGAAAUCCUCCCGGUAGUGCUGGUCCUACGUACAAAGUCGAAGACGUAGUUGUUAUGAGAGGGACAUAUGGGACACAAACUAGUAAAAAACCGUGGCCAGAAAUUAAAAAGGGUUUACUUGCAAGAUUUGAAGUGGCAAAGUUAAUAUACUCAUACAUGGCUAGCAUUGGACUAGCAUAUUUUGUAACACUUUGCCUAUAUCCUGGAAUUAUGUCAGAAAUUAUUUCUUGUAAACUUGGGUCAUGGAUGCCAGUGAUUUUAAUGACAGCGUUUAAUGCUUCUGACGUAUUGGGCAAGAUACUUGCAUUGAUUCCUUACGAUUGGAAACGCACCCAGUUAUUACUGUUCUCGAGUGUUCGAGUUAUAUUAAUUCCUUUAUUUUUACUUUGUGUAUUACCUAGAGGCACUCCGAUACUUUCCGGCGAAGGAUACCCAUUGUUACUUUCAUGCUUACUCGGUGUUACAAACGGUAUUGUUGGUUCGGUACCAAUGAUGCAGAUACCCACCAAAGUACCGGAGGGGCAUCGGGAAUUAGCAGGUAACAUUAUGACUUUGUCAUAUACUACAGGUUUGACAGUAGGCUCUUUAUUUGCGUACUUGAUGGAUUCUUGUUUCGAGUUACCUGUUCAGUCAAAAGAUGUUUGUUAUAAAGCAUUAAGUCCAUCGGUAAUGCCGAUUAACACUACGACACCAAGCGUUUUAACAAAUGUUAUGUCUUCCACGAUAUUACCCACGAUAGAAAAUGUUACACCCGAGGUAAAAACUACUGUUACUGUAUUGUCAACUAUCUUUGAUCAAACAUCUACUUUCAUGUUUAAUAGUACAGUUAGUACGUUUAUUGCUGGUGUGAUGAAAUCAUCCUCAACCAUAUCUCCGAAAAGUUUUAACGUUACCGCUUCAGUCAAUAAUGCAAUUUUGCAACACUAGGACACGCAUGUUUGUGUGCUGUGUUGAAUCUGGUGCUGUGUAUGAAUAAACUUAUUGAGAUCGUGCGUUAUGAAUAAGACUUUUAUUCGUUAAAUAUUGCUUUAUUUAAAUUUUGUUUCGAUAAAAGUUUGAUCAAAAUUGCAGAAUAUCGCCAGAUUGAACACACACACAAAGAUUCGAAUUUUCAAUCGUUA